AUGGUGAACUUUGCUGACCGCCUCAACGCUCAAGUUGCCUUUUCCCCUAUUGGGAGGUGGUUUAGACUGGAGGGCUCUGGGCACCCCAAAGAGCGUAUAGGAUCCCGGUUUGUAACUGAAAUUCGGGCUGGCCUUACUACAUGGGCGGCGAUGGCCUAUAUAAUUUCAGUCAACGCUUCUAUCGUCUCAGAUUCAGGAGGAACAUGUGUUUGCACGAGUGCGACCGACCCUUCCUGCACUAAUGAUACCACCUACUUGGCAUGUGUGAACGAUGUUCGCAACGACCUCAUCAUUUCGACAGCCGCCAUGGCCGCCCUAUCUUCAGUCUUGAUGGGCCUGUUCGCCAAUCUGCCAGUUGGUAUGGCCCCUGGUCUUGGACUCAAUGCUUAUUUUGCUUACUCGAUUGUGGGCUUUCAUGGAACCGGAAUGGUCACAUAUCAAGAAGCUCUUGCCGCUGUUUUCCUGGAAGGUUGGAUCUUCCUUGCCCUUUCCCUCCUCGGUCUUCGUCAAUGGCUAGUCCGAAUCAUCCCCGAAUCAUUAGUUUUAGCCGUUGGUGCUGGUAUUGGUCUUUUAAUAGCUUUUAUUGGCCUGUCGCCCUCUGGUCUCGGUGUCAUCGGUGGUGAUACAACCAAUUUUGUCGGUCUAGGGGGUUGCACAGCCGACAACUAUAUCACUAACCUACCAUACUACUGUGAGCAUGGACAGCUCCGUAAUCCAACGAUGUGGCUUGGUAUAUUUCUCGGAGGCAUUCUCACCGUACUCCUCAUGCUCUAUCGAGUACGGGGGGCUAUCUUGAUUGGCAUCUUCUUGGUGUCAAUCAUUUCCUGGCCCAGACCGACGGCCGUCACUUAUUUCCCUCAUACCGAUGCUGGCGACGCACUCUUCGAUUUCUUCAAACAGGUUGUAACAUUCCACCCUCUUCACAAAGUAGGCAAUGUCAUCAAUUACAAUUAUAGAAAUCCGAGAGUCUGGUAUGCAUUAGUAACAUUCUUAUAUGUCGACAUCCUAGGUACUACACUUUAUUCCAUGGCAAAAUUCGCUGGUCUACGAGACCCGGUCACUCUAGACUUCGAAGGUUCCACUGCCGCUUAUUGCGUUGAUGCGUUCAGUAUCAGCAUGGGAGCGCUCGUCGGCACUAGCCCUGUCACUGCCUUCAUCGAGAGCGCGACUGGUAUCAGCGAGGGUGGCAAGACUGGUAUCACAGCCAUUGUCGUCGGCCUAGCAUUCUUUGUUUCCAUCUUCUUCGCUCCGAUCUUCGCGUCAAUACCAGGGUGGGCAACUGGAGGUGCUUUGAUAAUUGUCGGUUCUCUCAUGAUCAGAAAUGUUCGAGAAAUCAACUGGGACUAUAUCGGAGACGCUGUCCCAGCUUUCAUUACUCUUAUCAUCAUUCCCUUGUCAUAUAACAUUGCUUACGGUCUCAUUGCCGGUAUCCUAUCCUAUGUCGCCAUCAACUUCAUUCCUUGGGCAAUUCGCAAGUUAACCCACGACCGGAUUGUUCCCCCUAACUACGACGCGUCAGAAGAAUGGACGAUACCCCCCGGUAGUAUUUUCCCUCUCUGGUUGUAA